GCUGCACGAUCGCAGCUACACACUGAACCUUCAAGAGCACGACGCGCUACAGCGAAGGCCAAAUGCCUACUCCUUCCUCGCAUCCGGUGCUGAAUCAAACGAGGGCCACCACAUUGGACCCACUGCGCUUCGACAAUUACGACGUGCCUUCAGCUUCAGACAUGGAAGCCUUUCUUGGUGAGACCGCCACCUACAAACUUUCAUUGAGUUACAGGCCCGCACAAGUUGUGAUCAUGGGUGUUGCGAGGUGGUUCGGUCGCAUCGUGGCUCAGCGCAUCGUCAGGCACUCAAGAAGCAACCACUGUGGAGGUCAGCAGCUCCUGACGCUCGACAUGGUCAUGUUUCUGCUGACCGAGAGAUACGAGCUGCAGCAUUGCUCGAUCGAGAUCUACGUCAGCCAUUUCCCCAGCUUCUCGAAGCUCUUCAUGGACGACCUCGAAACGCAGUGCCGGGAUUUAGGGAAGGCAUUACAGAGUUUCGAUGUCAAGUACGCCGCGGUUUGGGACUGGGAGUCGUUGAACGACUUCCGCGUGCGAGUGUCGGAGACAGGGGUGAAGUUACAAAGCAUGAGCGGCGCGGAUUGGACGUUUUUGAGGACACUGGAAAGUGAGUGGGUGAUUGCGUGAAGCCGGCGAGUGAUUCACACAUUGUGGCAUCUGCACCUUUAUUCUCCGAUCACCCACUUUGCUUCCAGCGCUGUCUAGUUAUUGGCACAGUGCCGGGUGAACCGAGCUACAUUAGUUGUCAACCAAGAACAGAUGCAAACUAAGAUUAAGGAGGCGUCAUCACUCCGGUUAUUCUCGCGAUCCGGGUGAAGAGGGGUAGGGGAACGUAAAAAGUGAUGACCUUAUUCGACGUCUGCUCAAAUGACAUGGGAAUCUACAGUUGCAUCUUGAGGCUUGAC